GCUGUCUAACCGAUUGCUACAUUAGUAAUAUAAAGCAUUAAGGACUGUGACAUUUAGUGCUAAAGGCAAGAAGACAGAGUAGGAAACAAGAAAAUGGAGAAGUCACUUACUCAGCAUGCUGUCCUAAUUGUGGUCUCAAUUUUCUUUUUUGUUGUCACUGUUUUCCUUAGGGCUGCUUCUCACACACACUUCAUUUCUGGCUUGUUUACCUCAACAACUGAGAAUGUUUCUGAAACCUACCCCCUUGAGGUCUCUCCUGACAAGUGGAUAUUUAAAACAUGGAUCAUGAUUGAUGUGUGGAAUGGAUCAUGGCUCUUCUAUCUGUUCUCAACUCUGAUAAGAAGAAACAGAUUUGGUGCACUCUGCUGCAACCCUCCCAUUCAUCCCCCAAGCUUCUAUUUACUUUGGAUUGGAAGUAAAUGCCUGGAAAUUGGUGGUGUGUUUCUAGUUGAUCGACAUUUCAUGGCUGAAGCCCUGCUCCUUAAAGUUCUUGUGGUUCUUGCCAGUUUUACCAUGCUAUCUAUUUCCUAUUGGAAUGUAUAUGAAUAUGGCCAAAUUUUAAAAGAAAGCAGCCCUAAUGAAGUCUGGAAUAUUAGAUAUCUGGUACAAAAUGGACUUGCACUACAUGGAACAUGGAACUUGAUUGUCACACUUCUGAACCUGGGUAUUGUUUUGAGGUAUUCCAUCGGAAUGGAGAAUUCAGUUGUGAGCACUCUUGUACUUACCCUACUGCUCUGUGCAACACUGUUAUGGUUCCUGUUGGAAAAUGUCAUUUUUGAGAAAGAAAUGCGCUAUACUUUUACUGUCUACCCAGUGGUGAUUUUGGCUGCAGGAGCAAUGUUCACACGAAACUAUAUUUACAACUAUAUUACCAAUAACACCAUUUAUUGUGGCGCCAUUAUGAUUAUUGCUGCAGUGGUCUGUAUAAUUCGAUUAAUAGCAACAUGCUUUUAUGAUGACAAAUAUCGAGACAGAACAGAUCCCUUUGGCAGAAGUAACAGCACAAAGCAGCAUCUGAACAGCAAAUUUGGUAUUGUCAACCCACACUUUAUAAAAAAUUAGCUGGCAAAACUGCCGAAGUGUGAAAUGCUGAAGCACAAGGACAGGUAAUUAAAAAUGAACUCCUUGUACUCUCCGCUUUUCUAGAUGUGUUUAAGGUAAAAAAAGUACACUUGGAUUUGAGUUGUGGAUAAUAAUUAACAUGGUCUCUAAGCCAAAGGUGAACAAACUGACAAAACAUGAACUUUGCUUGAACUGAGAUUAAGAUUUAGAUUAGAAGAUCUGUGGGGCAUACAAGAGGAUAAAGGCCAUGAAACCUGCCAAAAAGCUGCUCAGCUGAAAAAAAAA